AUGUUAAUAAUACUCUCUUCUAUUUUCCUGGUUUUUACACUUGACUGUGUGCAUUCAGGUAACUUUUUUAAUUUUUCGACCCUUAGGAGAGAUGUAGGGAAAUUUUUGAAAACAGCAAAAUUGUAGCGGACUCUGAGAGCUUCAAAAUGGUUCAGAGAUUUUUGAAAAAUAUUGAAAGACAGAAAAGUUAUGGUGGUUUUAGUGCUUUUGAAAAAAAAUUUUUUGAAAAAAAAAAUUUUUUUUUUCAGAAACCAUCCCAAUUUCCUCAUCACCAUUAAACGCAACAUACGAACUUGAGAAAAUCGCAAAAUCUUGUUUAACAAAUGACGAACACGAUAAGUUAUCAGGAUAUAAACACAAGACAAAAGGUUUUGCUCGAUUAGGCAAUCGAGCCCUGAUUCAAGUUACUGAACAGAUGAUUGCGAUUUCGGAAAUGCGAAAAGUUUUGGGAAUGUCAUCGUUUACUGGAAAAUAUAGAACGGCAACAAAUGAAGAAAUCGAAAUUGCGAAGAAUUUACCCGAAAAAUUGUAAGACAGGCUUGAAUUAAAAAUUUUAAUGAGGUUUUUUCAGAAACGCUUCAAAUUUCGAAAAAUAUUUCGAAACAGUAACAAAUGUUGAUGUAGGCUUGAUAAUUGAUGGAUUCUCUGUAUGUCAAAACGAAAUGAUCACGGCAAUUCAGUUUUUUGACAAAAAUUUCCCAGCAAUUCGUCAGAUUUUUAGAUUGAAGUUAGAGGAAUUUUCAAAAAAAUCUAGUAUGAAUCGGAAUAAAAAACUGAUUGAGGAUUUUUUCAACGAAUAUCAUGAAAUACUUUCUGAAGUAGGAGCUGCAAUUGAUAAAAUGUAUGACAAUUCAGAAGGAGAAUGUGGAAGACACGUGUUGUCACUUGUUGAUUUGGCUAGAUUUUGGGCAACUUUUGGAAAAGGCAUACCGUGUAAUUGA